AUGUUUGAGAUGAAGAGAGCAAUUGACGCUUUAGUUGUUUUAGCUGGUUUUAUUUCAAUGUAUAACGCAAAAACGAUGCCGCAAUGUUCUAAAUGUAAAGCAGCAAUUAGGAAAUAUAACUACUCCGUCAAAGAGAUAGAACGUAUGCGAAACGACUAUGCAGACUUAAAGAAAGAAGCAGAAAAACCAGCAGAAGAUAAAAUGGACAUGUUAGCAUUUCUGAACAAAAACUAUCCAACAGCAGAAGAUUUCCUUCUGUCUGACGUCAAGAAGAAGUAUAAAGAAACCUUCGGUAUUGUUAAAACUUUUGACAUACUGACAGAAGAAAUAGAAGCUACGAAAUUGUUUAGGAUUUCAAAUAUACAUCGUACAAUUCAUGUAAAACGCUUGUGA